AGAGAGAGAGAGAUGGAUUGAAGCUUGAGAGAGGUGAUGAGUGAUGAUGACCGAGGAUGCUCUUUUUUGCUUUUAGGCUGGAAAUGGGAGACCACCAACGUAUCACAACUUUGAACAUUCAUCCGUCCCCUGUUUUCUGUUCUUUUUAGAUUUUCGAGUAAUACUUUAAUCCUAUAUCGACCAAAGUCACUGGUUUCUUAUAGAAAACAUAAAAAGUAAGAAACUUCAUAGAGAGAGAGAGAGAGAGAGAGAGAGAGUCAGGACAUGGGAUUGCGGCUGCUGCCCUGAACUGGUCUCCGACCUACACGCUCAGAUGUUCUAGGACAACGGAUGUCCAAGAAUUCGACCCGAUCUUUCUUCGGAAAUGGGUUCAUCCGAUCGGUUGUUUAACAGGCAGAGAACUGUCCACGAAGUGCUUGGUGGAGGUCUUGUUGCGGAUGUUAUAUUAUGGAGGAGGAGCAAAUUGACAUGGGGGAUACUGGUAGUGACUCUAGCUGCUUGGGUUGUGUUUGAAAUAUCUGGAUAUACUCUAUUAUCGCUAUCCUCCUGUGUUCUGCUCCUACUCACCACUAUUCUCUUUCUUUGGGCCAAAUCGGCAGCCAUACUUAAUAGACCUUCUCCACCCCUACCUGAGAUGCACAUAUCAGAAGAUAUGAUGAAUGAUGUGGCAGCUUUUGCUCGAACUCAUAUAAAUGCUGUGCUCUUGGCUUUCCAAAAUAUUGCCUUGGGUAAAGAUACAUGGAUGUAUUUUAAAGUCGCUAUAUCCUUGUUGCUGAUUUCUGUAGUUGGCAGCCUGACUGAUUUCCUCACACUAGGAUACACGAGCCUUGUUGUCAUCCUCACAGUUCCAGCUCUCUAUGAGAAGUAUGAAGAACAUUUUGAUAAGUACGUCAUGGCAGGUUAUGGCAGUGCUGUGCAGUUCUAUUCCAAAUUAUCUGAGGGUUAUAGAAGCAAAGUUCAGCAAUGGAUUGCGGAGCAGAAAAAACUGAGUUGAUGUCCUACAUCUAUCACCUUUAUUCAUUUUUUUUUGUGUCUUCUCUGUAACCACUGUAUCUUCCUUUUCCAUCUCUGUCUCCCAUUCCAUUCCAUUUUUCCAAGCUGCGGGGGUGGACAGGUUUAUUAGUGAGCUUUGAGUGCUUUUUUUUUCCUCUUCCUUAUAUGCCUAUAUUAUUUUUUUGUCAAUCUAUAUUAUUUUUUUGUCAAUAUAGUGUUUUGCUUAUCAUGUUUUAGUCUGAAUUUGGAGCUUCAGGGUUAUGAGUCUGUCCUCCAACUGUAGGUUUCACCUGGGGCAAAAAUGCUGUGUGGGUAUUUGGAGAGAAUCCUCCUUGUUCACGGAACAAUUGAAAAAGGAAACUUGUAUGUACUUACGAUAUGUACAAAUGUUAAUUUCUUUUGGGGCUAGGCUUGAAUUAUGAUAUACAUUCGUCCACUCUUACUCUUAA